ACUCACAAACCGCACAUAUACACAUCAAACACACUCAAGCACAUACCACAUUAAUACCAAACGCACAGGCAGGCACACUCAGAAAGAGGGGUAGAUGAACAUCAAUGGAGCAGCAAACACUGAAACGCUGAAAGCCACGGCUGAUCAGCUAACCUGAUCAGACUGGGAAGGACACAAUUCUGCCGAAGUCAGCCUGAAACGUUAACUCUUUCUCAGUCCACAGAUGCUGCCAGACCUGCUGAAUAUUUCCAGCAUUUUGUUUCGAUGAGAAAGAGCCUCUCCUUGCGUGAAGCUGCUUUUCCCGAAGUGAAGGUUUACCGAAUGACAGCUGAAUUGCAAAUGUGCCAUAAAAAGACUGAAAGGGCUGACACAUUUCAGAGAGAGCCGCUGCUUCUGACUGCUGAGAUAUGGAUGAGAGACUCCCUUAAAUCUUGUCACUGUGAAGCUGGGAGUUGGCCAGUUACCAGGACCCGCUUAUAGUGCCAGUCCCAUUCCGGUAAGGCAAAGGCAGUGAGUGGGCGAUCCGACCUCCAGCGGUGACCAGAUGCAGGAUAGUGGACGGGAGACAGGUUUGUGAAAUCGCAUAAGUCCCAAGGGGAGAGGGGGCUGAGAGCUGACAAGACAGAGCUACCUCUUCCAGUGACAUUUGGUCAAAGCGGAUCAGAGCUUGGCGCCUCAUCCAGCACCGGACUGGGGCGGAUUGUGGGGCGGAUUCAGGAUGACGGCUUCUCGGGAGGACGUAGCUGGGACCAUCAACCCUUCUCUAGCCAUCUACAUCGGGAUUGAGGUGCUGAUCGCGGUGGCCUCAGUCCUGGGCAAUGUGCUGGUCUGCUGGGCAGUCAAGAUCAACCGGGCUCUUAGGGACACCACCUUCUGCUUCAUCGUCUCCCUGGCCCUGGCUGACAUCGCCGUGGGCUCUCUGGUUAUCCCUUUGGCCAUCACCAUGAGCAUCGGCCUCCAGAUCCACUUCUAUAGUUGCCUGUUCAUCUCCUGCACCGUGCUGGUCCUCACCCAAAGCUCUAUCCUUGCACUCCUGGCCAUCGCUAUAGAUCGAUACCUCCGAGUCAGGAUACCGACCAGCUACAAGAGUACUGUCACACAGAAACGAGCUGGGACCGCUGUUAUUCUGUGCUGGGUUAUAUCUAUAAUUGUUGGUAUGAUCCCAAUGUUUGGAUGGAACAAUUAUACUGAAGCAACUCAAGAUGGAGUGAACUCGAGUCUCGUGAAUAAUAUAAUUGUGUGCCGAUUUGAGACUGUAAUCAGCAUGGACUACAUGGUCUAUUUCAACUUUUUUGGAUGGGUGCUGCCACCUCUCGUGUUGAUGUUUGUGAUUUAUGUGGAAAUAUUUAAUCUUAUUCGGAAGCACCUGAAUCAAAAGGCAGUGUCAAUCAACAAUGCCGAUCCAAGCAGGUACUAUGGGAAGGAAUUGAAACUUGCCAAGUCACUGGCUCUAGUGUUGCUCUUGUUUGCAAUAUGUUGGCUUCCUCUUCAUAUCAUCAACUGCAUUACACUAUUUUAUUCUUUACAUGACAAACCAAAUGUAGUGAUGUACAUUGCCAUCUUUCUAACCCAUGCAAACUCUGCUGUAAACCCCAUAGUUUAUGCCUUCAAGAUAAACAAGUUCCGAGUGACUUUUCUCCAGAUUUGGAGCCAGUACAUUUGGUGUAAUAAAAAUCACAACUCAAAUAAUUUAAGCAGAGAACAGUCAAGAGCUAUGAGAGAACAGAAGAGUACUUUGUAAUUUAUUUACUUUUUAACCUGAAGCAAUUGGCCUGGAUAAUCAAGUGCAAAAUCAUUAUCAAAGCUGAUUUUGACACAUUGCCAUCGAGCUCAUUAACUCUUAAAAUGCUGUGUGUUGCUAUGGUAAACAUUCAGAGCGAAUCCUCAGCUGUCACCUGACCUCCUAGCAAAGAAUGUUUUAUUUCAGGAUUUGAAUCAUAGUUGACAAAAUCUUUACGAGCCUUUAUUUUUCCACUGUUUUGCUGUUUUUUCUCUCCUUGUCAUGUUUACAUAUUCUCAGAAUUUAACAAAGACACUGACUCAACAACAGGGUGAGCACAGGCCAAGAUACCUGGCUGUCACAGCAACGGAGUUCAGAAACACAGCAGGUGACACACUGCGGAUAGUGGCUUUAGCUUCCACUUCACCAAUCACAUCUACAAGGAAAAGAAUUCCAGCUCCCAAAUAAACAAAUCCUUUGCCAUAGCAACAUCAUUGCUAAAGUGCCAAGAUUCUAUAUUCCAUGUGUACAGUCAACUUUUCUUGAAGGAUUCAUUUAUUUUAACAGACUGGAAUUAAUUCAGAUCAAAAUGCUGAUGUACUUAAAUAGACAAAUUGAAACUGCUGCUUAAGACCGUCGCUGUGCAUCAUUUUAAGGAAUGUGGUGUCCUGACAAUAUGCUUUAUCAGCAAGUGGAUUUUAGAACAUCAUGAGUGUACUUUUGCUGAUACAGGUGGUUCAUUUCGCUGUAUUACUCUGUAAGAUAUAGCCAGCAGGCCUUAUGUUUAGCUGUAAACUAUUGUUGUGGUAGUUUUAAUCAACAUUUUAAUCUUUAGCAGUUCGCUAGAAGACAGAAAUCAUUGUUAUUGACCUAAAAUUUGCACUAAGACAUUGGAAAACAUCAGCUGUGUUGAUUGCCCAUGUUUAUUUCAUGCAACUUAAUACAGAGUUUGGAAAGAGCAGAGUGUAUGUGACGCUCUUCUGUAUUUAACCUGAACAUUUACCUGCAUUCAGAUGCUGUAAGCCAACAGCACAAAUGAAUCAUUUUUAUUUGUAAAUUACAUGCCAUGUAAUGGUCACCAUUGAUACCACUUCACCACUUCAUCAUGCAGGUUAACUCAAUACCAUCAAUGAUUUAUAUGCACAGAGUGGCUCUGAAUGUCUAUCUGAUAUCACUUAUCAUUAUUGUUCAUUCUGAUACUAUUGGUGAUGUGUAUUCAGCUUCCAAUGCCAUCACCAGCUCAUAUUUACCAUGAGUUUUUCCUUGGCAGUAAAUCAUUUUCUUUUUGUUUCAGUUCUUUAUAUAAGCUUCAGGACAGAGAUCUAUCUCAGGCGCUGCAUCUGAUAUACUGGAGCAGUGCCCACUUGAAUGCUAAGUAGGAGCUCUAAAUAUGAUGGCAUCAGUGUUGCUACCAGUAAGAAUUCGAAACAUAAGUUACUUUCAAUGCUACUUUUCACUCAGGCAUUACAGUCUUUAACUGGAGCAGUUUGAUAAAGGAUUGCAUUACCUAUCAAAUGGAGAUUUUUUUUCGCCAUUGGCUUUGGGCCUGCAUGAGCAGGACUAGCUGUUCUUUAGGAGCAACUCUCAGUUCAUUGUAGAAAGUGUGAUGCCAGAUCUUCUCCAUGUCUCCCACCUACUUUGCACUAAUUAUUGUAAUACUCAUCUAGUGUUAACAAAUGACUAUAAUGGUGGAGUCAAUUAAACAGCUUUAUUGCGAUUACUAUGAUUAGUACCAAAGCUCUCAUGCUUCAUGAACUUAUAUCUUUCCCAUGAUUUCGUCAUAACAAAAACAAAAGCAGAUUAUACUUUCCUACUGAUUCAGUGAUUUCUUCACAUGUCAGAUCACUUCUACUUGACAUAAUGUUGCUUUUAAAGCUAGUUGAAAAUUCUUGUUUGCUUUGUAAAAAAAAAUGUUGUUUGCUUUACAUUAUUCAUGAUAAAAUAAAUUGUUUGCUUAAGCCCUACUGGAAGUCCUGCCACCUUAAACUCAUUUGCUGACUCAGUGAUUCCUAUAGGUACUCCUCUAAGCCAUGUUUUACUCCCUCAUCAGUUUCUAAAAAAUAAGUUUAGUUUGUUUUUUAUAUGUUUGACUUUAAACCUGGCCUUGUUACAGAUGACACUAAAUGCUGGGUAUCAAUCGUUUUGAAGCCAUUCAUUAAGAAACUCGGCUCCCUUGAUAAUCCAGUGGAACCAGGAGUAAACCACCCAAAGUGGAAUGUUUUUAGUUUUGAUGCUGAGCCUGUCCUUUGUUGGUUGAUCUCAGCCAGAGCACCAAAAAGACUUCUACACUUGGCUUCAGCACAACAGAGAAGAAAAAUUAGCCAUAGUUUUUGCACGUGCUUAUUACUCAGUGCUUCAUGGUGGAUUGUGGGCAUGGGUGGGUGCUGGGUGAGAGCAAAACUAGACAUGGUUGUGAUCCCGUCCUCAGUGAAAUAAUGUUCCAUUACUCACUGUCUAGACUUCACAUACAACAAAUGACCAUUUGUGUGAGGUACCAGAUCAUUGCUGAUGCCACUGGAGCUAUACCUCAGGGUGACUCACUGCUUUCAGGAAAGGAGCCUGUACCUUUCAGGCAUUUCACAUUGUGCAUCCUUUCCAAGGCUAGGAUAAUGUACUUCACUGUUGCUAAAGGAUUCUUUAGGAAUGUACAUUUGGAGGUUGAGGUGCUUCAUAGAGUGUUCUAAUGAGGAAUUACUUAUUUUAAUACAAGAAUAACAUCCUGAUAACUCUAUGAUUUUGAAUCAAUCAGUUAGCCUGUGCAGUUUAAAAAUAGAUUUAUUACAUAUGUGACCAUAAAUUUCCCAAAUGCACUUUAUUACAAUUAGUAGUACAGAAUGGACACCCCUUUGUAAUUUUGUGAAGCUUAUGAAUAGGGAAGUCAAAAUGAGAAAUGAAAUAAUAAUGUAAUUAUUGUAACAGUAGCUGUUUCUAUUAGCCUGGACUUUAUUAGCAGAACACCUCUUUAGCGAUGUAGAUUCCAACUGAUUUCCAGUAUCUUGAUUCAUUUCAUGAUGGUAACCUGAAAAGUAGACCACUUUCAUUUUAUUUCAACAGUUUAAUAAGUAUCGACUGUAACAACUUUCCAAGUUUCAAAUCGGGUAUUAGCAGAACCUGGGGCUUUGUCAUGUCUGAGACUCUAAUGAAAAAUAAAACUUCCUGUUAACCUAUUUGCCUUUUCAUAUGUGUAUUUAAAACAAGAUGGGCAAGACUCUGGUAGCACCAUUUCUCCAUACAUUUAAAGUCCAUUGAAUUGACAGUUUUGUGGGCAAUGCAGAGGAUGGUUGACUUUGUUCAGGCACCACCAUUGCAUGUGUGAAAAAUGACCAUUUAAUAAAAACCUUUCCUAAAAGAACACUUUGUAUAAAUAUUUCUUCUACUCUAUUCCAGUUUGCUUGGUUUUCUUCUCUGAGUCAAAAAGUAAUUCUGCUAUUUUAUAGGAAAAUUAGUUUUAAAAAAAUGAUUAAUCCAUCAUAUGCAACCUAACUCUAGACCAACUUCAGAUGGCUUUCCUAUUUCUAUUGUACCUCUGGACAUUUAUUCUCAUAUACUUAAUAGAAACCCAAAGCAAUGAUAGUCUUCCAUUGAAAAAAAAGGGCUGUGUAAUAGUGUAAGACAUUAACAGAAUCACAGAGAGUCAUAUGGUGCUACAAUUUAUAAUGAAAGUACUUAACAAAAGGACAGGGAAGUGGUGUAAAUUGUUCAGAUAACAUCUUAUCACAUGUAUUUGUGAAGAGUUGUCUGUGUUUUCACACACACAUCCUUCCUCAUGCUAAUUUAUUGAAUGGGAAUGAUUGGACAGGUUGAGAUUAAUUAAGUAAUAAAUGACUGAAAUUUGGAAAUGCUACUUCGUAGUUGAUUCUGUUAAGUGACAAUGGAAACCAUCAGUAUUCUUAAGGUGGUAAAUGUUUAUGUGUUAUUUAACUUAUGCUUUUGGGGAUACAACAUCUGGAAUCAAAGGGCAUCUGAUGUGGAAAGUAAAAACUAAAUAAUAUGACUGCAGCAGGCCACAGUUGCUUUUAAACUUGGACAUGAAA